UAUCUGGGUAGAAUUCUCCUGCAUGAGCUCUCAUCUCUCGUUCUUUUUUUCCUUCUUUUUUUAAAAUAAAAUCUACGGACCCAGAAUCAGCACUUCUCUAACAGGGCUGAAAUAGAGGGUAUGAGGCAUGACUAGAAUGGGUGAUCUGUUUGGUAUUUUGAGCAAAACACUUCAUAGACAUGUUUUUUAUAUAUCUGAGACCGAUAAUAUAUGCCUACAAAUAGUAUAAUAGGAGACCUUUAAGUAAGAGAAUGGCCUUUUUCUGUCAGUGCAUGUCUUCAUAUCAAAUGUGUUUGAUACAGGCUGAAUAACUACCACAUAAUACAUUUUAUUUUAAUAUUAUUUAGAGACUUUCAUUAUGAAGUGUCGUGUUAAAGAAAAUUUAUUAAUAUUGGACACUGAAAUCCAUUGUUUUAAAUGUUCAACAGGGGGAAACACAGUAGCAAACUGAAAGAUUUAAAGGAGUCAGAAGUGCAGAGUCGACAUCCAUAUGAAAACAAUGAGCAUCUGUAGGCUGCCUCAUUAAAUGUGAAAGACCCAGCGCUAUUGGUGGGUCCAACCAGUAACUAGCUAUUUCCCCGCAGCAGAUUGCAGGUGGCAGAGCAUCGAAAGUCUAAAGGGGCAUUCCUCUUUACUCCUGUCGCCUUCUAAUUAGACUUAAAGGCAAGGAGGAGCCUCGGAGGAGCUGAAAGGGGAUUCAGGAUGGAGGCAGAUGGUGUGAGAUCUCAAAUGGAAGGAAGUGAACACUGGGUCUGAUAGACUGAGAGGGAUGGAAAAAGAGAGUUGAGAGGAGAGGGAGGUGGACGGAAAAGGUGGAGACUGAGAGGAGUUACUCAGUUUGGACACUUUAACUCUCUAUUUUGAGAAGGUAUUGAUUUGUUCAAUAAUUAAAUGGAUGAGAUAACUCUGUUCUGACGAAACAAAUGCCUCCAAAAGAAGCAAGAAACACAGCGAGAGGAGAAGAUGAGCAGCUCAGGAUGAUGGACAUCUGGUCGAAACUAUCCUUUGAGACUCACAGCAGUUGCAGCCAGCAUUUACCUGAGCAGCAGUCCAGCAGCAGCGAGAUGAGGCCGCGUCAAACUGACAUGAAAUGAAAUAAGCUGUCAAAACAUUGAGGCACAUCAAGAGGAGACUGACCAGGGAGUUUCAGUGCUGCGGUGAUGGUCUCGUGAAGAUGCUGCCUAAUGAAGUGAAAGAAAUGGACGACAGAAGAAAACAGCAGGACAACUUCUUUGAAAGCCAUAUUUACUAAUCUAUGGUUUAGGAAUUAUGGGUUGCUCUUUUUGGUGUGGGAGCAUCUCCACGUGACAAAGGAACCGUCAUGAUUUUAUAAGCCUCCAGUGGUUAAGGCUUGUUAAAAGAAUACCCACCAUGUUUAAACGGUGGCUUUUGGCCCUGGUGGCCCGGGUCGGCCUCAUUGUGCUGGGCCUCUGCUGCUGUCUGUUCCUGUUCUACCUCCUCGCCUGUAAACCCGCGUCACACAGCAGCCAGCAAUCUCUUUCUUGGUCUGCGGGGGCCACCAGUAAGGAGGGAUACAUGGCUUUGUUGCAGGAAAGAGAGGAGUCUCACAGACAUUACAUGAACAGCCUGAGCAAGCAGAUAGCCCAGCUGAAGGAAGCUCUGCAGGAAAGGACGCAGCAGCUUCAGGAGACCCUGGAAAAGGCUAAAACAAGAGGGAUUCUGCCUCAGGGUCUGGAGAGUUUGCACAAAACCCCGACACAGACCGACAUGAAGGAGUUCUUCCGCUCCCAGCUGAGCCAGGCCGAGGUGAACUCAGGUGUGAAGCUGCCCAGCGAGUAUGCAGUGAUUCCUUUCGACACUUUUACUCUGAGGAGGGUGUACCAGCUGGAGACGGGGUUGACAAGACACCCAGAAGAGAGGCCUGUGAGGAAAGAUCACAGGGACGAGCUGAUAAGCACGCUGGAGACAGCUCUGCACGUCCUGAACGGGCCGCAGCAACGCACAGACAACACAAGGCGGAAGCGCACAUACUCCCCUGCAGACUUCAUUGAAGGGUUGACCCGUACUGAACGGGACAGAGGAACUGUUUAUGAGCUGAUGUUUAAAGGCGACGGCCCACGGGACUUCACACAGGUCGUCUUCUUCAGGCCGUUUGGUCCCGUGCUGAAGGUGAAGAGCGAGAGCGUGAACACGCGCAGCACGCUCAUCAACAUCAUUGUACCUCUGUCCAAGAGGCCAGAGGCUUUCAGGCAAUUCAUCAACAACUUCAGAGAAGUGUGCAUCCAGAAAGACAGCAGGGUUCAUCUGACUGUGGUCUACUUUGGUCGAGAUCAGAUAGAUCAGGUGAAGGCAGUCCUGGAUCAGACCACCAGAGAAACUCGGUUCAGGAGCUUCACUCUGAUCCAGCUGAAUGAGGAGUUUUCUCGUGGUCGAGGGUUGGAGGUGGGCGCCCGGGCGUGGAGGCGUGGCCAGAACGCUCUGCUCUUCUUCUGUGAUGUUGACAUCCACUUCACCCCUGACUUCUUAACUUCUUGUCGUCUCAACGCAGAACCUGGUAAGAGAGUGUACUACCCAGUGCUCUUCAGCCAGUACAACCCGUCUAUUAUCUACAGUAAUCAGAGUCUUUUACCCCCAGUUCAACAACAACUGGUGAUAAAAAAAGACACUGGAUUCUGGAGAGACUUUGGGUUUGGUAUGACAUGCCAGUACAGGUCUGAUUUCCUCAACAUAGGGGGUUUUGACCGCAGCAUCAAAGGCUGGGGGUUGGAGGACGUGCACCUGUACAGGAAGUACCUCCACAGUAAGCUAAUGGUGAUUCGCUCUCCAUCCCGGGGCCUUUUCCACCUGUGGCACGAGAAGGACUGUGCAGACGAGCUCCCUCCAGACAAAUACAAGAUGUGUAUGCAGACCAAAGCCAUAAACGAGGCAUCGCACGGCCAGCUCGGGGAGCUUUUAUUCAAACCAGAGAUCGAAGCUCAUUUGGGCAAGCAGAAAAACCAAGGAACAUGAUAAGGACAAAGCUAAAGGGCUUUUGGUUAUUUUUGUUAUCUCUGUUUAGUGUGUUCUUGUUUCAUGAUCAUUUAUAUUUACUGACAAUAAGUAUUCAGCUUCAAACUAAAUAUUUUUACUGUAAUUAUUGUUUUCCACAUGGACACAUAAACUUGUGCAAACAAUGGCUGAUACAUUUUGUUAGAAUAAAGAAUAUGUGAUCUAUUUGCGUACUGAUUUGGGUGGAGUUCAAUGUAAUAACAGGUUUUUCUUAGGGCUUGUUCCAUGGGAGUGCACGCUGCAUUUUCAUCUGAAAUGUUCUUUCUCAUAUUCGCGAUUCCACUCCUCCUGCUUGGUAGAUUUUUCUUAUCUUCACUUCUUUGAUCCUUCUUUGUUUUUAAAUAUCUGGAAGUGUUAUGACAUUAGUUGUUACUCUGCUAUGAAACUUUAUACACCAGUAGAUAUUAUUGUGGCUCUACCACUCCUCUGAACCAUGCACCUGCAUUCCUUCCUGCUGACGCUUCUCAUCAGACGUCAUUAUUCGGGUUUUCUUGAUUUUUUUCCAGGGUAUGUAUGACGCCUGUUGCCUUUUAAUUGUUGCAAUGCAUGUGAAGCCUGUUUUUAUCUGAACCCUCUGUUCUCUACUGUUUCAUUAUUUGUGCUUCUCAUGAUUAUGGUAUACAUACGAAAACAUUAUCAUUGACACAAGAAAAGUAACGCGGAAUAGUUUGUGUUUUUUGUGUGCUUUUCUUACAGCAGAUAUUCCCAAAUUAUGUCUGUCAUGCCACUCUGAAAAAAAAAAACCUGCACCGUUUAUAUCAACUGGUAACA